AUGGAAAAGAAUAUUAGUUCAAUGAAAUUUUGUGUUUAUUUAUUAACCUCUAUUAAUCCUGGAUUUAAAUAUCACACCUAUAUUGGAAAAACAACUUGUCCUCCAAGAAGAAUUAAACAACACAAUGGAAUUAUUAGUGGUGGUGCAUUCAAAACUGAAGCUAAACGCCCUUGGGAAAUGGUAAUUGUUGUUCAUUCAUUUCCAACUCAAACAAAAGUUUUACAGUUUGAAUGGGACUGGCAACACCCAGAAAAAGGUAGAAGAGUAAGACAAGCAUUUGAUAAUAUGAAAGGAAAACAUUGUGGAACUAUGUUUUCCUUACAAUAUAAAAUUAGGUUACUUGCAGAAAUUCUUCAAAUGCCUGCAUAUUGUAAAUUACCAUUAUCUGUUUAUAUUACAACUCAUCGUUAUGAUAACUUUUUAAAUGAAUGUCCUCCUUUACCAAAACAAAUAACUGUUGAAUACGGAGAUUUAAGUGAUAUAAUGAAAUGUGUUGGUAUCGCUAGAAUAGACAGAAAAGAAAAAACUAAAAUAAAACGUGAUAAUAUUUUUGAUAAUCUUCAUGGUACUUCUCAAUCUCAACUUUCUCAAUUAAUCGAAGAUUUUCAUCUCGAUGAUAAAACAUCACAAGAAGAUACCUUAGCUGAAGAACAAAAAAAAAUUCAAAUGCAAAAAGAAUUAAAAGAAAUACAAAACACUUCAUCUAAUUGUUUCAUUUGUCAACAACGCAUUAAAUUGGAUCAAAGAAUUGUUAAAUGUUUGUAUAAAUGUGGAAUGAAAGCUCAUCUCUGUUGUCUUGGAAAAAUAUUUAGUGAAAACACUCAUACACUAAUACCAACAACAGGAAAUUGUCCUAGUUGUCACAGAGAAAUUAGAUGGGGAGAUAUUAUUAAGGUGUUAAAGAAUAAAACUAUUACAUCUUUUUAA